AAAAAAUAUCCAGCGCACCACCCGCCCAACUCCCAGCACCAAUUCCCUCCCACCCACAAUGCUAGUAUGCUAACCCCGACGCGUAUCCUCCGCGCAUCAUGGUCCAACACGCUGCGGCUACCAAAAUCGAAUUUCCCGCCUAGACCGCUCUCCUCUGCGAAUCGCGAGUACCUGCGCCGAUGCACCGAUGAGCUGUAUGCCUGGCAGCGGAGCCCCGACCGCAUUGUGUACUGCGGACACUCUGAGAAGCAAGGACAUGGUCAGAAAGAUGGCAGUAUAGUGCUAGAAAAGGAGAAAGAGGGAUCUGCUAUAACAAGUUUUACGCUGCAUGAUGGACCGCCAUACGCAAAUGGACCACUGCACAUAGGCCAUGCGCUGAAUAAAAUUACAAAAGACGUGAUUUGCAGGUUUGAAGUUGGACAGGGGAAAAAGGUGUCGUAUAUACCUGGUUGGGAUUGUCAUGGCUUGCCUAUUGAAAUCAAGGCACUGCAGGCGCAGAAGAAAGAUGCAGCGCAGACGGAUGCGGUGAGUGUGCGGGAGGCAGCACGGGAGUUAGCAACGCGGACGAUUGAAGAGCAGAAGAGCGGGUUCAGGGAGUGGGCGGUUAUGGGGGAGUGGGAGAAUGCGUAUCAGACUAUGGAGCGGGGGUUUGAGUUGAGGCAGCUCGAGGUGUUCAAGGUUAUGUUUGAGAAGGGCUUGGUCUAUAGGCAGUUUAAGCCUGUGUAUUGGAGUCCAAGCUCGCGGACUGCGCUGGCGGAGGCGGAGUUGGAGUAUGAUGAGGGGUAUAAGAGUUUGGCGGCUUUUGUGCGGUAUCCCGUGAAGUUGUCAGAAGCACUUAAAGCUGGAGCGCUGAGGGAUGUUGAAGAGGAAGUCAGCGUGGUAAUUUGGACGACCACACCCUGGACUCUACCAGCAAACAAAGCUAUUGCGGUACACCGGGAUAUGCAAUAUUGCAUUGUCAAAGAUGCAGGCAAUAACAACGAACUAAUCCUCAUCGCCACUUCAAGAAUACCCGAGUACGAAAAGAUUCUCGAGCGCAAACUGCAAAUCAUUGUGUCAGAGCUCCGCGGCUCAGAUCUCGCCGAUCAAGUCCAAUACGAAAAUCCGUUCCAAAAGGCCUCCGGACUCCAACCCAUCAUCCACGCAGACUUCGUCACAGACUCGUCAGGUACAGGUCUUGUCCACCUUGCCCCGGGCCACGGCAUGGACGACUACAACGUCUGCAUGCCCCUCGGUAUCCCAGCAUUUGCUCCUGUAGACGACGCCGGCGCCUUGACCAAGGAUGCGUUUCCCGAGCAGCCCGACCUACUGGAGGGUCUACCAGUCACCGAUAUCAAGAAAUCUGGUAGCAAUGCCGUGUGCAACUACCUGCAGAAACUGGGUUUGCUGCGUGCAAAACAGAAUUAUCGGCACAAGUACCCGAUUGACUGGAGGACCAAGGAGCCCGUCAUCACGCGAGCGACAGAGCAGUGGUUUGCAAACGUCGAAGGGAUCAAGGAUGCUUCGAUGAAGGCAAUUGCAAAUGUUGCCUUCAAACCUGAGUCUGGGCGGAGUCGUUUGGAGAGCUUCAUCCAAGGUCGGAGUCAAUGGUGCAUUUCGCGGCAGCGCGCUUGGGGUGUGCCUAUACCUGCUUUGUACAAGGUAGAGGGCGAUACGCUCGAAGCGACCAUGGAUUCCAAGGUCAUCGAACAUAUUGUUCAAGUCAUCAAAAAGCGUGGCAUCAAUGCAUGGUGGACCGAUGCGCCAGACGAUCCAGCGUGGAAGCCCUCGCACCUCAACGGCACAUAUGUACGUGGCAGGGACACGAUGGACGUAUGGUUCGACAGCGGAACAAGCUGGACUCUUUUGCCUCCGCAAAAAGACGAACCGGUAGCCGAUGUAUACCUCGAAGGCACUGAUCAGCACCGCGGCUGGUUCCAAUCCUCGCUCCUCACCCACGUCGCUACGCAACCCUAUUCAACCGCCACAGUCAAAGCACCGUACAAAACGCUCAUCACCCACGGCUUCACCCUCGACUCGGACGGCCGCAAAAUGAGCAAGUCCCUCGGCAACGUCAUCUCCCCCUUCCAGAUCAUGUCCGGUGAACUGCUCCCCCCCGUGAAGCGCAAGAAGCAAAAGGGUGUAAAGCAAGACGCAGCGACUAAACACACACCGACGUACGACUCCAUGGGCGCCGACGCACUGCGCCUCUGGGCUGCAAGCAGCGACUACACGCGCGACGUCACCAUCGGCCAGCCGCUCCUCAUGUCUGUGAACCAAGCUCUGCACAAGUACCGCGUCACCUUUAAAUGGCUCCUCGGCAUCUUCUCUCUCCCCUCGUGUCCUCCACCCUUUGUGUCCUUCAACAGCCUCGUCCCAUCCACAAGCGACUUCGGCGAACUCACAGAUCGACUCGCGGUCCAUCGCCUAGUGCAGGUAAGCAGCGAAGCACAUGCUCAUUUUGCCAAAUACGACUUCUUCAAGGGCCUCAACACGCUGAACAAGUACAUCGCCAUGGACCUCAGCGCUUUCUACUUUGAGACGCUCAAGGAUAGAGUGUACACGGGGGAUACGUCGGAUUGCCAGACGCUACAGCGCGUUUUGGGCUUGAUUUUCUACGAGCUACUGCAGAUGCUGGCACCCGUGUGUCCGCUGCUUGUCGAGGAAGUAUGGGAUCAUGUCCCUACUGCCCUAAAAGACAAGAGUAUUCAUCCUGCACGCGCAACGUGGGCGCGUCUUGCGCCGCUGCCACAGUCUGAAGCCGAGAGCCUGGAACGAAUGAGCGAGGUGGUGGGGACGCUGGGUGGUGCGAUUAAGAUUGCGCAAGAGAGGGUUCGGGCGGAGAAGAAGAUUGGGUCGAGUUUGGAGUGUGCGGCGACUGUUUACCUGCCUGCGUCUAGCAUUGAGAUGUUUUGUGAGGCGUUCGCGAAUGCCAUGCGUCCGCUGCGUCUCAAGGCUGAAGACAUGGAGAAUCAAUUGGCAGGAUUGUUUGUCAUUAGCGAGGUGAGGAUACGCGUUCUCUCUGAUACUUUGUCUAGGGCCUCUUUAAGUGGGCAGCUCGGCUUUGUGGCGGAAGAUGCGGAGCAGAUGAAGCGGCAAUGGGCGUGGGUGGAAGAGGAAGCUGUGGCGGCCAGUGGAGACCAAGGCAGUGAUUUGCUCGCAAAGGCACGAGUGCUGGUGCAUCCCCCCAGUCAGGAAAAGUGUCCGAGAUGCUGGCGCUUUGUCAAGGAAGAAGCAGAGGAUGUGUGUGGCAGGUGUGCGCAUGUUGUGGGGAAACAGGGCGGGAUUUAAAGAUGCUGUUACUGUGAAGUACAGCAUGGCUAUCGGGUUUGUAUAACACAUGUAUAUGUAUGAUGGUGAUGAAUCAAGAAACCGUGCGCUCCUUUCUUUCAGUGAGUACUCAGCUCAUUCACGUAUGUAGAUAUUUUUAUGUUUAUUCC